AUGUCGGUUAAAAUAUUAAUCAAAGACUUGGUUCAGGAGUUGAGCGAAGAAAACGACAGACUUUUGCGUGAAUUAAGAUAUUGUCGACAAUUGCGGCAAUUGUUUGAUAAAUACCGACAUCUGGUCUUCGGGUUUAAUGCCAACUGUCUGUGCAAUGAAAACACUGCUAACAAAACACAAUUCAAUGAACUGGAAGUACUGUACGAUAGAGUUGUCGUCGAGAGAUGUCAUCAAAUGGACGACAAUAGUGAUGAUAAACUAAUGAAGAAAAACACCAAAAGUGUGAACAAUGAUAUUGUGGACAACAUUAGUGAUAAUAAUAAUAAUAAUAAUAAAAAUAUUAAAGUAAAGACUCGGACUAAGAGAAGACUGAAGUCAAGUGGCGAACAAACACCGAAACAACGGAUUCGUGUGAAGGCUUUUUGCUGUCAAUGGACGGCCUGUGGAAAGAAGUUUCGCGAAUCGGGCGAACUGUUGGCACACAUACGGCUUAAACAUACCAAUGAGCGGCCGUUCAUGUGUUCCGAGUGUCCGAAAACAUUUCCCGUCGAAAGAUAUCUAAAGAUUCAUCAGAAGACACACGCGACAGACAAACCGUUCAAAUGUCGUUACACUGACUGUCCGUAUGAGAGCCGAAGUUUGCAAUCGCUUAAUGAGCACCACUUGCGACACGAAAAUGAGAGGCCAUUCGGAUGUACCGAAAGUGAUUGCGGCAAAAGUUAUUACACAAAAACGGCGCUUAAAAGACACGCAAUGCACGCGCAUAGUCAGGUUCGGCCGUUUUCUUGCGAUUGGCCCGGAUGUGAGUCCCGAUUCAAAUGUAAACAACGAUUGGACGAACACAAGGCUUUUCAUCUGAAUGAACGUAAGUUUCUCUGCGAUUACGACGAAUGUGGCAAAAGUUUUUGCACAAAAAAGAUGUUACAGAACCACAGGGCCCGUCAUCUCAAGCUAUAUGUGUGCAGUUGGCCGGCGUGUGGCCAACGGUUUGCCCAAAAUUUUUUGUUAGCCGAACACAUGAACCGACAUCAAGACUUGAGACCAUUUAAGUGUCGCCACACGGGCUGUUCGCUCGCCUUUUACAGCAAAAUAUUGCUUAACAGACACGUCAGAGAAAGUCAUCGGGAAGUGAUGAUCACAACAGUAAUUGUGGACACUCUUCUUAAUCUAUGA